CAUAAACAUUGGAGCAAAAAAGUGAUGAGGCCCGUAGGCAAAGGCAGCCCAAGAGAAACCCUAAAAAACUCUCUUUUAACUAACUGGAAGGCGAAGUUUUCUUUCUUUCUCUGAACCAGACAGACAGCCGCGGUCGAAGGUGCCCAUUCGGAAUGGCAUUUGUUAAGGCUCAGAAAUCAAAUGCGUACUUCAAGCGAUUUCAAGUUAAAUUCAAGAGAAGAAGAGAGGGUAAGACUGAUUACCGAGCCAGGGUGAGUUUGAUUACUCAAGACGCUAACAAAUACGGCACUCCCAAAUACCGUUACGUUGUUCGAUUGACAAACAAAGACAUUGUCUGUCAAAUUGUCUCUGCUACCAUUGCUGGUGAUAUUGUUCUUGCUGCUGCUUACGCACAUGAGCUUCCUCAAUUUGGCCUCCACGUAGGCCUUACUAACUAUGCUGCAGCUUAUUGCACUGGUCUCCUUCUGGCUCGCCGUGUUCUUAAAACUCUUGAAAUGGAUGACGAGUAUGAAGGCAAUGUUGUGGCAACCGGAGAGGAUUAUUCAGUGGAACCAGCUGACUCCAGGAGGCCAUUCCGUGCUCUCCUCGACGUUGGUCUCGUUAAGACCACAACCGGAAACCGCGUCUUUGGUGCACUCAAGGGAGCUUUGGAUGGGGGUUUGGAUAUUCCUCACAGCGACAAAAGGUUUGCUGGUUUUGACAAGGAGAAAAAAGAGCUUGAUGCUGAGGUUCACCGGAAGUACAUCUUUGGGGGACAUGUUGCUGCCUACAUGAAGACAUUGAUGGAAGACGAACCUGAAAAAUAUCAAACCCAUUUCAGUGAAUAUAUCAAGCGUGGAAUUGAAGCGGAUGGAAUCGAGGAACUAUACAAAAAGGUUCAUGCUGCAAUUCGUGCAGAUCCCUCAAUCAAAAAGCCUGAGAAGCAGCCACCAAAGGAACACAAGAGGUACAACCUGAAGAAGCUCACCUACGAGGAAAGGAAGACAAAGUUGGUCUCUCGCUUGCAAGCUCUCAAUUCUGCAGCCGGAGAUGAUGAUGAGGAUGACGAAGAGUGAAAUUGAGUUGGGAAUGCAGUCCAUUGUUUAGCUUGAAUUUCCUUAAUCUUCAAAUUUUUUGUUGCUUACCAUUUACUUUAGAUUAUCAUUUUUGGAUAAUAUGGAUUAUCCUGGAUAGACUUGUUUCGAUUCACAUGAUUUGUUUCCAAAAUCCAGAAUAUAAUUUCUUGCUGUUGAAUCAACUUAUGUUAUCAUUAUACUUUUCGGGGGACUUUUAGUGCAGAAAAUUAUACUAUAGUUUAGUCCAGGAAAAAAAAAAACUGUCGGAAUUUGUGAGUUGGCCUAGAUCAAUUUUGGAUCUUUUAUUGGCCAACAACAUUUGUUUUUCCAACCUAGCUGGCCUGCAAUCUCAUUCCACCAUAAGGCAAGGUGAUUUC